CACAUCUGCAAGGCUGCAGGGUUUCUGGAGCUGUCUGCUUGAUUCACUGUGCUCUCCUCUAAGGCUGCAGGGGAAUCUGGAGCUCGUUGCUGGAAAUCAGAGGGUGAACCCAGCUUUCCCCAGAGAGACUUCCUGAGAGGACCCAGUAGGUCUCAACAUGCAUUGGCUGCGGAAGCUUCGGGGACUUUGCACACUAUGGGGUACUCAGACAUCCAGCUGUACUCCCCACAUCAUGACGAGGCAAGUGGCAUCUGUGCAGUGGGGCCGCCAGGAAGUUCCUGCCAAGUUUAACUUUGCUAGAGAUGUGAUGGAUCACUGGGCCGACAUGGAGACGGCUGGCAUGCGACCCCCAAGCCCAGCCCUGUGGUGGGUGAAUGACAAAGGGGAGGAAGUGAAGUGGAACUUCAGAGAACUGAGUGAAAUCAGCCAGCAGGCAUCCAACGUCCUCUCGGUGGCCUGUGGCCUGCAGCGUGGGGACUGCGUGGCAGUUGUGCUGCCCCGUGUACCUGAGUGGUGGCUGGUGAUCCUGGGCUGCAUUCGAGCAGGCCUCAUCUUCACACCUGGGACUGUCCAAAUGAAAUCUGCUGACAUACUCUAUAGGCUGCAGUCAUCUAAGGCCAAGGCCAUUGUGGCUGGAGAUGAAGUCACCCAAGAAGUGGACAUGAUAGCACCUAAAUGUCCUUCUCUGGAAAUUAAGCUCCUGGUGUCUGAGAAAAGCCGGGAUGGGUGGCUGAACUUCAAGACACUACUAAAAGAGGCAUCCACCACUCAUCGCUGUGUGGACACUGGGAGCCAGGAAGCCCUUGCCUUUUAUUUCACUAGUGGGACCAGUGGCCCUCCCAAGAUGGCAGAACACUCCCACGCGAGCCUGGGCCUCAAGGGCAAGAUGGAUGCUGGGUUUUGGACAGGUCUUCAAACCUCUGAAAUAAUGUGGACUGUAUCAGAUACAGCGUGGAUACUGAACAUCCUAGGCUCAUUUCUGGAACCGUGGUCAUUAGGAGCAUGCUCAUUUAUCCAUCACUUGCCUAAAUUUGACCCAGUGGUCAUUCUAAAAGUGCUAUCCAGCUACCCAAUCAACAGCCUGUUUUGUGCCCCCAUAGUGUUCCGGAUGUUGCUACAACAGGACCUUUCCAGUUAUAAGUUCCCACACCUGAAGACUUGCUUCAGUGCAGGGGAAAGUCAUCUUCCGGGAACUCUGGAGAAGUGGAAGGCUCAGACAGGACUGGACAUCCGAGAAUGCUAUGGCCAGACAGAAACGGGGCUUGUGUGCAGAGUUUCCAAGACAAUGAAGGUCAGACCUGGCUACAUGGGAACACCAUUUCCCCACUAUGACAUGCAGAUCAUAGAUGAAAAGGGCAAUGUCCUGCCCCCUGGCACCGAAGGAGACAUAGGCCUCAGGGUCAAACCCAUCAAGCCCAUAGGCAUCUUUUCUGGCUAUGUGAACAAUCCCCAGAAGGUAGCAGACAACAUUCGAGGAGAUUUCUGGCUCAUGGGAGACCGAGGAACUAAGGAUCAAGAUGGCUAUUUCCAGUUCAUGGGGCGGGCAGAUGAUAUCAUUAACUCCAGUGGGUACCGGAUUGGGCCAUCAGAGGUAGAGAGUGCAUUGAUGGAGCACCCCGCUGUGGCUGAGACGGCUGUAGUCAGCAGUCCAGACCCUGUCCGAGGAGAGGUGGUAAAGGCAUUCGUGGUCCUGGCCCCAGAGUUCCUGUCCCAUGACCGAGACCAGCUCACCAAGGAGCUACAGCAGCAUGUGAAGUCAGUGACAGCCCCAUACAAAUACCCAAGGAAGAUGGAGUUUGUCUUGGACCUGCCCAAGACUAUCACAGGAAAAAUUGAGCGAGCCAAGCUUCGAAUAAAGGAGUGGAAGAUGUCUGGGCAAUCCCGGGCCCAAUGAGACUCCCAGGGGGCUCUCACUUGGAUUCCCCUCUUCUUUCUAUUUUUCUUUCUUUUGGGGGCCCUGGACUUCCUGUGAAGAUAUGAGAUUCUUUAUGAAAAGGCUCAUAUGUAACUUUUGUCUUUCCUUGGUUAUUAGCACAAAACAUGGCCAUGUUAGAUGUGAAAGAAGAGAGGGAGGGAAGGACAGACAGAAACGGUGAAAGUAACAGAGAAAGAGGAAAGAAAAAUAAGUCAGAAAAAGAUUAAAAUAGCAAAGAAAAGUAAUCAAAAAAGAAAUAGAGUAGGGAGGCAGGGAAAGGAGAGAAGGAGGAAGAAGAAAAGUGGAACAAAGAGG